UCUUGAGUCUUUUCAAGCUUCAACAAGUUGGUAACAUUCCAUAGCAAUUGUUGAUUUGUUUUGUUUUUUAAACAAAACGUUAUUUAAAGCAAAAAGUCGAGGAUGUCGCAGAAAUUCGAGGGUACGGAAACCCUCACGAUAGAGGCUCUUGAAUUUAUCUACGAAGAUGAAGAGUGUUUGGACAUCGAACCACAGCCUGUGAAGCAGGACAGCAAGCCGGUGAAACUAAAACGACUGGUGUGCAACCGGAACGGGUGCACUUACUCCACCGACAGGAGGCGAGACCUGAAGCGCCACAGGCGCUCCCAGAAGCACGAGCACGAGGAGUACCGAUCCGACUCCGAGUCCGACGUGGAUCGCACCCUGUACUCCUGCAAGGUCUGCGACUACACGACGGCCAAUCGAUUCUGCUAUGUGCGGCACAAGGAGUCGAGGCGCCACAUCGUAAGGGAGAUGGAGGAGUGCGAAAAGCUGAUGGACGAGGCAGACAGGGCGGAGUUGCACUUGAAGCGUAGAAAAAGGGUCGAGAAGGAGCCAGUCGAUUUGGAAUCGAACACAUCACAAGUCACCGACCGUAUCCUGUUCACUAGCAUGCCCAGCGAUCACAUAUCCAAGCGAAAAUCCUGCCCAGAAACCCACCCAAGUUCACAGGACUCAAAUGAUGUCCAGAAGCUGCUGGAACCGAGCGAGUACAUAGAGUAUCUUCCGGUGGAGACCGAAGUGGAAUAUCAACCCUUCAGGCAAGGCAGCUCAACAAUGGAGUGCGCGGCCUGUGACUACAAAACUGCCAGGCGAUUCGCUUUCGUUCGCCACCUGCAGUCCACGCGGCACCUGGCCAGAGUGCAGGAGUGGUAUGAUAACGUGGAGACGCCAAUUGGCGUGGAUGAACUCGAGGGCGGAGAGGAGGAACAUGUUGUGGAGCAACUCGAUGAAGUGGAUUCUUUUCACGAUCUGGCGGAGAUAAAUGCCCUGGCAGGGGAAGACGUAAUGGUAGAGAUUGAAGCCCUGCAGGAGCAAAAUGGACCGGUGGACACUGGAUCCCUGGUGGAGAUCGAUGGCCUGGUCCAAACAGAGCCCGGUUUCGAAGUAGUAGAGUAUGCACCCGCAGAAGAAAAUGUUUACGAGGAGAUCGUGUACCUGCCCACCGAAGACCAGCCAGAGGAUAUCUGUUACUUCAUAGCGCUCGAACAAUAACUAGUUUUGGCCGUGUCCAAUUUCCAGUUAAAUAUGUUUGAUAAGUUUUGACUCUUUUGAUAAGCAAAUAUUUUUGAAGCCCACCAAACUUUUCAAUGGAUGAUCUAAUUCUUAUAUGUACAGUGUACAUGGUCCAAACGUUUAUACAAAACUUCUUGGUUAUUCUAAAAGUCAAGAAGUUCUCUGGUCGUUCAAUGCAAAAUCAAUUUGUUAAAAUAUUUAUAACUUUUAAUAAAAAAAAAUGUUUGAAGCG